UUGUGUGGACCUGUGCCAGUAGACAAAAAAGCUAGACUUGCCAGGAUCCGGGCUGCCAAAAGUGGAAGUGCAAACGCUUACAUGCAGAGCAAACGGAACGGUUUACUCAGUAAUCAGCUGCAGUCCUCAGAGGAUGGGCAGGCCUUUGUUAGCAAAUCCUUCUCUAGCUUUGAAACCCAGCACCACCACCUGCUUCACUGCCUGGAAAAAACCACGAACCACGAGUUUGUGGAUGAACAAGUCUUUGAAGAAAGCUGCAUGGAAGUUGCAACUGUUAAUCGUCCUUCAAGUCAUAGCCCCUCUCUGUCUUCACAAGGAGUCACCAGCACUUGCUGUUCACGACGACACAAAAAAACUUUCCGCAUCCCAAAUGCCAACGUAUCAGGAAGCCAUCGAGGCAGUGUGCAAGAACUCAGUACGAUUCAGAUCAGAUGUGUGGAGAGAACACCUCUAUCUAACAGCCGAUCCAGCUUAAAUGCCAAAAUGGAAGAGUGUGUUAAACUAAACUGUGAACAACCUUAUGUGACUACAGCAAUAAUAAGCAUCCCAACACCUCCAGUAACCACACCAGAAGGAGAUGACAGGCCAGAGUCUCCUGAAUACUCAGGAGGAAAUAUUGUCAGAGUGUCUGCUUUGUAAGACAAUUGGAAUAAGAUCUAAGAAAAUUUGAGCUCUGGCUGUGGAAAGAAUUUCAAUGUAGAAGAAAGAAGAAACAGUAAACCUUUUGCAGAUUAAGGCGGCAAAGCAAGAAGGUUGGUAGUGAAACAAAAAACAAAACUUCCAAACUUGAGGAUGUGAAUAAAAUCACCAAAUGGCAUUUCUAGACAGAGUUUGACCUGUUAUACAGAGGAAUAUUCUGUGGCCCUUGGACUUUGUGAAUGAGCACAAUGAAAUGCCGCCUAUUGAUGCUUCUUGUGAUCAGAACUCUUUUUUAAUAAAAUAAAUGAAAUAAAUCUUUGAACAUAAUGUUCCAGUUGAAUGCAAAACAAAAAAAUAUGGAAAACAUUUUGAUAAAAAUUUUUCCUGUUAAAACCAUGAACAUUGGCUAUGAUGAAGAUUAUUACAUAUGAAAAAAAAAAAAAACUCAUACAACACAUUUGUAUUGACUGAAGGAAACCAUCAUAAUGCAUGCUAGAAUUCUUUGGAGCAGUGAUCUCAGUUUCCUUAUGUUGUCUUCAGAAUAGGCAUGAUAAACUAUAAUUGUAGAAAGGGGGAAUUUCUGUGCACUUACAAAAAGCUGAUUGUUCAUGUUCCAUGGUGGGCUGUGCAAACAAACUCCUUUUAGAACUGCAGUAUUUCUCAUGGGGAUGCUUAUUAGUAAACCUAAAGUGUUCAGAUAGUUCAGUAUUAAUUAUUGUUUAACCUUGUACCUAGAUACUGUUACAACUGCAAUAAUUCAUUGUAUACCUGUUGUAUCAGGAUUCAGGAUUUUUUGUUAUUGUAUUUUCCAGAUCUUUAUAGAUACAGUAAGAGCCACAUUCAUAGAAAAACUUCUAGUGCGGCCAAGUUUUAGGUAACUUUUUAAUCCAAAACUGUUGUGCCAUAAAUGUUUUUCAGUAAUAUUCUUUGGUCCAGUGUGUUCCUGUGACAGUGCAUUAUCUGUUCCUGUAUUUCUACAGCACCUUUCUAUUGAGUUUAUUGUCAUCAACGUUUACUGUAGUUCAGAUGACUUUCCUACUUUUGUAUUCCCCAACAAAUUAUCUUGUAAGUAGAUUAUCAGCAAUCCCCUUGUCAAAAACUAGAAAAAAAAGGAGUUGACAUCUACGAAUUAUCUCUAACGUCUUUGUUGUUUAUGAAAAAGCCCCUAUACUGGAUAUAUCACUAUGUGUUUCAUGAAAAGAGUUGUCUGGGACUAAUAUCACAGGAUCGGUGAUCUCAGAAUCUUACUUGCUGUAUUAUUUAUUUUACUUUAGAUCUUGAAUACAUUUUGAGAAUAACUAAUGUGAAUUGAAAUGUAGAGACAAACUGGAGUGCUUCAUGUAGCAAUAUUUGAUGAAAGCAUGCUUUCUACUCCAUUCAGGAAGGCAGCACAAAUUUAUCUCAGAAAGCUUCCUGUGUAUUGCAAAGUGCAAUUUUCUCCACUAAAUCAGGAGGACAGGAGUUCGAUGAUGCAAAAUUGAUCUCUAUGUACAUUUAAGUGAAAAGUCUUUAUACCUUUUCACCCUUAAAAUAUAUCAGCAGACAUGUCUGCACGUGACAGUGUAAAAGAGUUUAAUGUCAAAUGCAAAGUUUUUGUUCAUUCCAAGCCACCACUGUAAGGAAUAAAGCUUAGCUUCUGUAC